AUGAGUCAAAAAGGUCUAAGCAACGUUGCUGUUGCUACUGCAGAUACUCAGAUAAAGAAAGAAGUUCCACAAGCAACCAAGUUUCGCACGACAGGUUUGGCUUAUGCUAUAAAGGUGAAAAUAUUGUUUAGAGAUGUAACUGCCACCGGGGAGGAAUCUUGGGCACUAUCCAUAGGAUUGGAUCCUAAUGAUAUUGGUGUCAUAGAUACUUCAGAGGUAAUGCUUGAUGAAAAUGACAAUAUUGUAGAAGGUUUAGAUGUUUUGGAUGAUGAACGAAAUCUCAAUACACAUGGCAUUGAUGAUAAUCCUGCUGAUUUAGAUACACGGGAUAAAAGAAAUAAGAAGUUUGAAAGUAAGAAUACAGUGACAUCUAAGAGUUACGAUAAACCUGGAUGUAAUAUUGAAAAGGUUAUAGAUGUUGUUCGGGGGAUUGCUGAAAGAGAAAAUUACAUUGACAUCCUUAAGUUGGCAAUAGAGGUAUUUCUUAAGAGAUCACAUAGAGAGAUGUUUGUGACUAUUAAAGAGCCAUGGUUACAGAUUAACUUUAUCAAGCGAAUGGGAAAUAGAGAAAUUAACCGUCGUAGCAUGGAAUAA